CAAAAGGGAACAAUAUGGCGUCCUUCUCUUCUACGACCACAACAUUUCGUUUGAGAAUACGAAAGAUGAAACGAGAAAGUAGUUAGAAAAAAUAUGAUAUGAAGGAAAAUUAACCCUGUUAAACGGAUUUUACGAUGAUGUUCCAGCAGGCCCCCCAACAAUCGCUUAAGAUUGUCCCAAAGCCUGCAACAACUUCGACAGCUCAACCUGCUACUGCCUCUGCCGAGUCUCAAGAUGACAAUCGGUUUCGGCAGCCCAUUACUUUUGAUGGAAAACGGAUGAGAAAGGCUGUUAUGCGAAAAACUGUUGAUUAUAACUCCUCUGUUGUUAAACUAAUCGAGAACAGAAAAUGGUUCAAAGAUUUAAGCAAGAGGAGUGGAAUGCAGCCAGAUGAUAGCUUCUCUUCUGAUGUGUUCCCACCAGCUUGCCUCAUGGAGAAUCCCAUCAAUGCCGUUACCACAAAGUUUGUGCGAACAUCAACCAAUAAACUGAGAUGUCCAAUAUUUUGUGUUGCCUGGACUCCAGAAGGAAGGAGACUGGUAACUGGGGCCUCCAGUGGAGAGUUCACCCUCUGGAAUGGAUUGACAUUUAAUUUUGAAACAAUUUUGCAAGCUCAUGACAGCCCUGUACGUUCAAUGGUGUGGAGCCAUGCAGAUAACUGGUUGCUAUCAUCAGAUCAUGGUGGAUUUAUCAAGUACUGGCAGUCCAACAUGAAUAAUGUGAAAAUGUAUGAGGCGCACAAAGAACCCAUAAGAGGAUUAAGCUUCUCUCCAACUGAUCAGAAGUUUGCCUCAUGUUCAGAUGAUGGUUUAGUGAAGAUAUGGGAUUUUUACCGCUGUUCAGAAGAAAGAGUACUGAGAGGACAUGGAGCUGAUGUUAAAUGUGUAGACUGGCAUCCAACCAAGAGUCUUGUAGUGUCUGGCAGUAAGGACAGUCAGCAGCCAAUCAAACUGUGGGACCCCCGCACUGGAUAUGCACUGACAACUCUACAUGCUCACAAGAGUACAGUAAUGCAAAUCAGAUGGAAUCAGAAUGGCAACUGGUUAUUAACUGCUUCGCGCGAUCAUCUCUUAAAGUUGUUUGACAUUCGAAUGAUGAAAGAAAUGCAAACAUUCAGAGGCCACAAGAGGGAAGCCACAGCAAUCAGCUGGCAUCCUGUUCAUGAAUCUCUGUUUGUCAGUGGUGGUUCUGAUGGUUCAAUGAUGUUUUGGGUUGUUGGGGCUGAGAAAGAUGUUGGAAACAUGGAGAUGGCUCAUGAGGGAAUGGUGUGGAGUUUAGCAUGGCACCCAUUGGGACACAUCCUGUGUUCAGGAUCUAAUGAUCACUCCAGUAAAUUCUGGACACGGAAUCGACUUGGUGACAAAAUGAGAGACAAAUACAAUCUAAACAUUGUGGACGCUGAAGAUGAUGUUGAUGGAGACCACCCAGGUAUUACAACUACAGCCAUUCCAGGAAUGGACACAGCAUUGAACCCAACUGAGGAUGUUCCAGAUAUUGACCGAUACAAUUUGGGAGAAAAAGGUCCUUCAUUCGGCCCUGGUAAUUCACUAACAAACAGGGCCACCCCUACCCGACCACGGCAGGUAGAAUCACAGAAUCCCGGGUUCACUUUACCAAACUUCAAAAAUAGUCCAGGGAUUCCAGGCCUGGGAGAAAUAACCCCAGCUGUUGAAAAUGGAAAUUCAUCUUUAAGGCCAGAUGCGCCGGCUUUCAAGCCUGCAAGGCCUGGAGAAAGGAACCACAUGGGGCCAUUUGAACCACCGGCUCCCCAAAGACAUUUACAACAACACAACAACUUCCAACCAGAGAAAGAUCCAAGACUAAUUGAUGGACCUCAAGGGAAUCAUUCUCAGUUUCCUCCUGGUAGACCCAGAGGGGACUUUGAUAUUGGGAAACCUGGAAGAGAGUCUUGGGAAGAGCCCAGAGGUGCUCCUGAUUGGCGUGAGCAGGGCCCUAAUGAUUUUGGACACCAUGGUAGGGACUUCAGGCCCGAUGAGGGUGGACCAAAUUUUAGAGGGCCUCCUGGCGACAGGUUUCACAGUCCAAUGUCUGACAGGCAAGGACUCCUAGGAUCACCUCCUAAGAAUCUUGAGAUGGACUCAAGGCCUGGAUUACUUGGAGCUCCACCACCACAGCAGCCCAAACCACUCCUGCAGGGGCCUAAUGGACCUCCAGCAGGCACAGCAGGACCAACAGGAAAUGACUUCCCACGUCUAGGUCCUGGACCCAACAAGGACCCCAGACAAGACCAAGGAUCUUGGCGACCACACCCUAAUGAACGUGAAGGAGACAGAAACGAGCUGUCACCGAGAUUUGAUAUGAGUGAUCCACGCAGGCCUCAUCCACAUGACAUCAGUUCGAGGGGCUUCAGGAGAGGUGCUCAGCGAGGACGGGGGCAUGACUCGCCACCUCGUCAUGGCUCUGAUAUGGAAGGGCCAAAUCAAAAAAGCUUCCCUCAUCCACAAAGUCAUCCAUUCCUUAGCAAACUUAGUUCAAGAGGUUUUAAGAGCGGUGUUCAAGGAAUGCACGAAAAUAGGGAUCCCAGAUGGGCAGCCCCUUCAGAUGAGCCCCCACAGGGCAGGGGCCCCGAUGAGCCACCUGGUCUUUUUAGCCGACGAGAUAGCUGGGGAUCCCCGCACGACCCCCGUGUACAACAGCGAGAUGAGCCUCGGGAUCCCCGCAUGAUGAGGGGACCUGGAGGGCCCCCAUCAAGACCAGAUCAAAACCCCUCUAACGCAAAUGAGAAUAAACCAGCCAUACGGCCGCUGAUGAGUCUCAGUCCUCCGCCUUUGCCUCUCGGACAGCAGGGAUUUGAUUUCGAUCUUGGUCUUGGGGAAGACUCGUGGAAAGGACCUCCAGACAGACGGGGCAGGAAGCGGUCCCUGGACCAAGAAGGAUUCAGGGACGAUCGUGAUAGGGGACCUCCCAAGGCCUUGCGACCGGAGGACGAGUGGAGAAGGGGCCCAGAUCAAGGUCCACCGGACGGUUGGAGAGGACCAGAUGAACGUAUGGACGAUGGACCCUGGGGCGAUUUUGGAUCCGAAGCCGAUGGUUCUAUGAGAGGGAGAGGAAAGCCACGAGGAGGGAGGAGAGGGCGGGGAGGAAGAAGAUAGCAGCUGCUACCAACCAUCACCCUUUGAGUACGUCAUGUAUGCGUACUCAGUUUUUCCAGGAGGUCUUGUCUCUUUUCAAAAACAUUUUACACAGGCUGUGGUGUCGAAGCUUGUAGCGUACAUCGUAAUACCAGCACCGUUUUUUCAUACUCCUCACGUCAUAAAGGCAAGCCAACUGACAAGAAGUUACUGCUGAACCUGUGCGACUUAGUGAUGAGGCAGACGGUGAACAUAACGUUGUUUGCCAUACGAGAAAGAUCAGUAUUCCCGGUAUUGUUUUAACUGGAUCGUUGUUUUACGGAGCAAAUAUUGUUUGUUCAUCUGCUGUUUGCUAGUAGUUUACUUUUCCUUGGACAGUUUUUGCGUUAGAAACUGCUUGUUUACUUGUUAAAUACGUGAUUUAACAUUCAAUAUAACUGAAAACGCCCACAGCAAUACAAAACAAAAUUCGAAAACAUCACCAACUCAAACUGCCUCCAGCGGUUUUGAAUGGGAUAUUUAGUAAUCGAUGUAUAUGACCACAUCACUGGAAACACUGUUCUGAUAAUAUUAUAAAUUCUCACAACUAACUUCACAGAAAAUAUAAGAAAUAUUGUUGAGAGAAUUACUGUUGCAGUCUAGAUUACUUAAACGUUUGUCUUCUUAACUUUAGUAAAGCUAUAAAAUAAA